CACACAUGUCGGCCUGCUUUCUUUAUAUUUAACCCUGCUUAACCCACCUGUAUCUGUAAACAAAGUUAUUUUUAAACGUAAGACCUCAUACCUCAAGACUAGAAGGCUGUAUUCACUCAACGACAGUUAACCACAGCGGGCGCAUAUCCAAGCUUUGCUUCUUUCAGCUCAAGGUUAACUAAAAUUUCAUAAUUUACGAUAAGAGAAACUGUUAAUAUAAGGCACAGGUCUUGGAUACGGAGGAGGAUAACUGUAGCCGAGAAUGGAGCCUCUUGACAAGGACCAGCUCCCGCAGAAUUGGAGGACUCCGCUAGUAAAAGUCGUUAGCAACCAUGUGUGGCAGUGCUGUGAUCGCGUGGACUUGACUGAUGUUCGAAACCAUCCAAGUGCCGACGGCAGCGGCGCAUCCCCUGCAUAUGGAGCAUAUGCAGGCCCUGUUGAGCAACUCCUGAACACCGCCUUCGAGGGAGCGCUCAAGAACUGGGAAGUGGGCCCCUUCGCCGCCUGGAUUGGGAAGACCAAGAUGUUCAACGAGCUGGACCUGCAGUGGGACUUCUCCAUCACCCUGCCCAACCAGCACCUCACAAGACCUGCAGCAGCAGCAGGAGGAGCGGGAGCGGGGCAGCAGCAGGGGGCGGCGGGAGGUGGAGGCAGCGGCAGGACGGCAGAAGGGGCAGGGCUGGGGAGGGGCAGCAGCGGAGGUAGCGCUUCGGACUGUGGCAGCGGUGGCAGCAGCAGCAGCAGCGGCGGCGGAGGGGACAACGGCGAGUUCACUGCCCAGGAGGACGUCCCGGUGGACGAGCUGUGGUCGCUCAUCGUGUGGCUCAAACCCGGGGAUCGAGGCACCACUGUGGACGCCGCCCGCUUCGUGUCGGUGGUGGACAAGAUGGCGAGUGCGGGCUACUCCAAGGGCGCAUCGGGCUGCUGGGACGUGUUCCUGUCGCACUACCAGGGCAACGCGGGCAACACGGUGAUGUCGCUCAAGGCGCUGCUGGAGUCCGCGAGCCCGGGGCUGCGGUGCUGGCUGGACAAGGACGAGGACGCGACGGAGGCGGGCAUGCGGCGGGGGGUGGCGGGCAGCAGGCACUACCUGCUCUUCCUGACACAGGGCGUGCUGACUCGGCCCUUCGUGCAGCUGGAGGCGCGGGAGGCGCUGGCGCUGGGCAAGCCAGUCAUUCUGGUUCACGAGACCGACCCGCGGUUCGGCGCCGCCCCCGGCUUCAACGACUACGUGUCCGAGGCGCCGCCCGACCUGAAGCCCAUCUUCAACCUCGCCAACUCCAUUCCCUGGUACCGGGAGGAGGAGUUCAGGCUGGUGAGCAUUAAGAAGAUCCUGCAGGCGGCGGGGCGGCCCUGCUGAUGACGUGAUGGGGGCAGCAGCAGCCGGGCAGACAGCACACACAUCUACCAGGCCCGCCUUGCACCUCCAACGACCCGUGGGUCACAUACGGCUUGUUACCGGACAAACCGGACAUACUAGAACAUAAGGGGGAAGCGGGGGGAUGGAAUGAGAGUGGUGUGGGGUGCCCAGUGGUGUCUGUAGCGGAUGUGAGGGGUGGCCCACAAGCGCUGUCAACAUGGACGCCGGCUAAGUGCGAGCGAGCGAUUGUAACGCAUACUUGAUGUCAUGAUGUGUAUGUAUGUAUGUAUAUCGCGGAGCGGCUGCUGCUGCGAGGAGUGCAGCACUGCAGCAGUGGUAUGGCGGUGGUGUGGUGGGGUGAUCCGCUGUGGUGUGAACCGCUGAGGGUAGACGUUCAGUAAGCUGGGUGGGGUUUGUGUAUCUGACACUUUAGGUGUUGGGCAAGGUGCGUUGCGCUGUUACCGCAGGCGGUGUUUAACUUAUGAAGUAGACAGUGGUAGGCGUGCGGUGAUUAGCAUGUAGAUGGACGGAUGUUAGAAAUCAGGCAGGCUAGGCAGGGGGAGUGAGGUGAGGUGAGGUGAGGAGGCGGCUCUGGGCUUCUCGUGCGGUAGACCGUCGCAGGGCGGUACGGUGCCACCAGCAGCAGCAAUAAGGGUACUAACAACUAGCUAGGUUCUUGGACAGGGGUGUAGCAGGACGGAGGUGACGCAGCAGGAUAGGAACAGCAGUACAGCAGUGUGCAAGUUUUGAGCUGGUGUGUGGAAUGAGAGCUAGCUUGGCCCCCUAUCAGACAUAGGCGCCUUCCUUUUGCAGUUCCAUCUUAGCAGGACAUUUUUCUAGGCGUACGGCGCAUUUGUGUAUCAAUGAUCUUGAGUUGCGCCGUUCAGGCGCAAGCAUAUGAGUUGCCCCCGGCUGGUACCGGUAGACUGCUGAUGGGGGCAAUGACCCAUCCAUGUGUACGGUACCGUGCUCCGGCGGGCUGUGGCGGGUGCUGCCUGCGCGGGUGUGUGCGGCAGGAGUGCUGGCGCAUGUGGGAGGUAGGUGUGCUGGACUGGUGGUGCAGUGGUGGUGGUGGUGGUGGUGGUGUGGUGGUGAUUGGGGUAGAAGGACAUGCGCAGCACGCAUGUGUUUGUGUUGGCUCUACGUGCCUAUAGAGAACGACGGUAUGUGCGUAUGAUGCAGGGCAGGGGGCACGUCACAGCGACCGGCAACUCGGGCGUGCGGUGCCGCUGGGUGAUAGUCAGCAGCAGCAGCCCCCUGCCUGCGGAGGUGCAGCAGCGGCAUGAGGAGGUCUCCACACUUCACU